AUGCCAUUGUCUACUUCAGCUGUGAGUUGGUACAUUAAUGAAUUUGUUAAGACCGGGGUCAAACUAAUUGAAGUAACAGCACAACCGACUUCUGGUCACCCUUCUACUACGAAAAAGGCUGCAAAUGUGACCACGGGACAACUCAAACUUGAUGGACUAGAGCCCAACACUGUAUACGAAGUGAUUUUAAAAGCAACUGGUGACGGGACCCCGAUUUUGCAUUACACAAGUUACAUGAAAACAUGGCCGACUGGAGUAAACAUAUUUGGAGUUGAACUUGACGCGCUUUUACAUUGUACAUGUUUAACCAUUAAACGGAUAUUUAAAAUGGAGUUGCAAGCUUACGCGGUUUCAUCCCAACAUACACACCCAAAAUUUCUCACGACAAUGCAGAUGAGACUAAGGAAUGGCACUUUUACUAUGGGACUUCUCCUUCGUUCCCUUGUGAAAGAUCUAGUCAAACGAAAAUAUGAGGCUAUCAGAAUGAUGAAUUGCAAAGUCUUCUGCUCUGAUAUAAACUUCCGCAAUGCAGACUUUCAUCGAUUCAUUGCAGUUGAGCCAAGGCGAGACUACUUGGUAAUUUUCCUACUUUAUUUUAGAGCGGUUUCGGCUUUGAAGAGAAAUUGGUCUCUACCAGUGCUGCUGAUCAUUUUGUCCAUGGUCCUGUGGGUUACAUUUUCAAUUCAGCGAAUUUGUCUUCACGCUUAUGAUAGUGCAGUGAAAUUGUAUUUAUCAAGACAAUACACGGAACAAGCAUACUACGUGCAAGAGGCGGAGAGGUUGUUAAAUGUCCUUUAUGCUCAAAUGACAGAAGAUGGUGUGGCAGCUGAUAACACAGCUGUAAUUUGUAAAAGCUCAAAAUGUCUAUAA